AUGCUUGGAGGUGGAGCUGUUGCCGAUCGCGGUGGAGAAGGAAACAUGUUGGUGGGGCUCGUGCCCUCCUGCGACGGAUCUAGUUUUUUCGGAAAGGCGACGGAUCUCAAGCUCCCGGACCCCAAGAAGCUGACGGUGUAUGCGAUUCAAUGCAAGAAUGUUGUGUUCGGCUCAUACCCGUCUUGUGGGACGCAGUCCUGGCUCUCCUUGGGACAGUCCUCGCUCAUCAUGAGCGAAAACUUUCCAAACAACUACCCGUCCCUGCAUUUUUGUAGAUGGAGCUUCGCGUGCUCACAAGAUAUGACCCUUCAAUGCUCUCAUUUCCAACUGCCUUCAUCUCUCCUCUGCUGGCAAUCCGACUUCAUCUACAACAAUAGACGGUCAUGCGGAUCGUCAACCGAGCUGAAAAGCCCAGUGAAUGUGGGGAAAGACCUCAGCGUCGCCUUUUAUAGUAUUGGGGCGAGCGGACCGGGAUUCAAAUGCAAAGUGACGUGCGAUCUUCGUGGUCCCGUUGCUCCAAAUGGCUGGAUCUCCGAGUUGAAAAAUGCAAAUUACAAACCCCAAGAUGAAAUCACGAAGUACGACGGAAAUUUGAGUCUUGUCAUUGAGCUGCGAAACGAAUUUAGUCGCUCAUUUAAGGAACGCUUGCCACAGAAGCUUCUUCGGGAUGAAACCCUUCAAAAUGAAGCAGAAUACUCGAUGAGACAAACCAAAUUUCAAUGCCUCUGA